AGAGAAUAGAACGGUCAGAAAGACACGGAGCACAGCCAAACUGCCAAAGCAAGGCAAAAACCAAAAACAAGGGUUUGAUAAUUUCUAGUGAAUUUCUAAACCUUAUAAAAUAAUAAUUGCUACAGUUAUUAAAGAAAUAAUAUUACUGUUCUCUUAAAUAAUAGAGAAAAAUGUCUUCGCCAUUGGAAAAUCUCGAGACGCAACUUGAAAUGUUUAUUGAAAAUGUCAGGCAAAUUCGCAUCAUCGUUAGUGAUUUUCAACCACAGGGUCAAAGCGUUUUGAACCAAAAAAUACAGUCUCUCGUAACUGGUCUUCAGGAGGUGGACAAGCUGAAGUCUCAAGUACAUGACAUUCAUGUUCCGACAGAGGUCUUUGAUUAUAUAGAUCAGGGCCGUAAUCCCCAACUCUACACAAAAGACUGUAUCGACAAGGCUUUAGCUAAGAACGAGGAAGUAAAAGGCAAAAUUGAUUCCUACAAGAGGUUCAAGAGCCAUCUCCUGUCCGAGUUGUCAAAGACCUUCCCCAAUGAGAUCAAUAAAUAUAAGGCUAUUAGGGGUGGUGAAUAAGAUGAUACUGACUUUUGUAUAAACUAUUUUUAGGUAUAAUGAAAACUUAGGAUUAGGGGAUUAUUAUUGCUUAGCAUUAAGAAUAUCUAAGUUAUUAAAGUCUGAAAUUGCUGUAUUGUGAUUUUUUUUACUUCAUUUUUUAAUAGCCAUCCCUAGUUUACAAUAUGCCAGAUUUUAUUUUUUUCAUGAUGUAUUAAGUCCUAGGGAUGUCCCAUGUCAAAAUCACUGUAUUUACUUACUAGUUGUUCAUUAAAUUUCUUAUUUAGGA